AUGUCAUUAAAAGGCGAGGUGAACUUUGAGAAAUUAUUAAAUCCUGCAUUGUGGAGACUGAAAAGGAUCUUCGACGAACAUAGCAAAGAUUUGAGAAUAGCAGGAGGGGCUCCUAGAGAUCUCUUGCUCGGCAAGUGCCCGUCCGAUGUCGAUCUCGCCACAACGGCGACGCCCGAAGAAAUGCUAGAAAUGAUGGAGAAAGAAAAAAUUGAUACGAUCAACGCCAACGGGAUUAAACACGGAACGGUGACCGCGCACAUCGACGAGGUGAACUAUGAGAUAACGACGCUGCGGAUCGACAAAGUAACGGACGGACGGCACGCUGAAGUUGAAUUUACAACAGACUGGCGAGUCGAUGCCAAUCGCAGAGAUUUAACGAUAAACAGCAUGUUUCUGACUUUCGAGGGCGAAGUGAUUGAUUAUUUUAAUGGACAAGAGGAUUUAAAAUCGCGCAACAUUCGAUUCGUCGGUCACCCAGAGGAACGAAUCCAGGAAGACUAUUUGCGAAUUCUGCGAUAUUUCCGCUUCUAUUCUAGAAUAUCAGAGAAGGCUGACAAUCACUGUAGAGAGCAUUUAUUGGCUAUCAAGCAAAAUGCUGCUGGCUUGGCUGGUAUAUCUGGCGAACGUAUUUGGUCGGAAAUGGUCAAAAUUCUUAGCCAGCCCUUCGAUAAAUUCUUCGUCCGAUACAUGUAUGAACUAGACAUGGCAAAGCAUAUGGGAUUUCCUGAGAAGAUAUCCGAAGAACAACUAACGAGAUAUGAUUCAGUGUCACUUCACGAACACGCGUCACCAAUGGUAAAAGUUGCAGUCCUGGCCGGCAGUCCACUGAUGGUUGAGAUGAUUGACAAAAAGCUCAAGUGGUCGAAAAAUGAAUUUGGAGCAGCCAUGGCGAUAACUAAGCUGGCCUCUCAUCGCGUUCCCGAAGAGAACAAAAUUGAGUUCUAUUUGAAGCUACGCGCGAAGCUCCGGCUCAAUAUGUUCACGAAAACCGAAAUUCAUAAGAGAAUAUCAUCCUUCGAUGAAGACUGGGCUGUUCAGUUAGCAAUUUACAAUGACGAGACGACGAGUGUAGUCCAAGCCGUCAAAGAUUUCACCAUCCCAGAUUGCCCCAUUCCGUCAGCAACUAGCCUUACGACCGAACAUGGCAUCGAGAAAGGGCCGCUUUUAAUGAUAAUACAUUCAAAGCUUCGUAACAAUUGGAUAGACGGUCUUUUCGCGCCAACGAAAGACGAUCUUCUGCAUAAAAUGGAGGCAAUUCUUGUCAAAUUAAUUGAAGAAGGAAUUAUGACUCCUGAUAGAAAAUAUGUCAAGCCCAAGAAAAGAUAG